CACAUCAAACCCAAGAUGGGGUCCACAAGACCAAAGGGAAAAUGUGUGUGGAAGCCAAAGGAAGAGGGAGCAUCACUCUACUUUGAAGAGAUAGACAGAGAGCAAAACUCUCUGCUUGAAUCUUCACAAAAAAUGGCUAUCACAAUUUCAUUUUCCCAUUUUACCCCUACUCCUUUCCUGUAUUUUCUCCUUUUAUCCACUUGCCACGCUCCCAUUUUCGCCAUUAACAUAACCAAUUUACUAUCUUCUUACCCUCAAAUUUCCGAUUUCGCUAAUCUCCUUUCCACCACUUCCGUCGCCGACGAUCUUGCUCAACGCUCUUCUAUUACUCUCCUCAUCGUCCCUAACAACUUCCUCCGCCGUGCUCCGCCGUCCUCCUCCACUAAUCUCGCCGAUGUCCUCCGUUACCAUGUUCUUCUUGAGUAUUUCUCUUGGCCGGACCUCCGGCUAAUUCCACCCACCGGAAAACUCGUCACUACUCUCUUCCAAACCACUGGCCGUGCCCCGAAUAAUUUCGGAUCGGUUAACAUUACCCGGAAUGUUAACUCCAAUUCCGUUACAGUUCAUUCGCCGACUUCGAAUGCUACGGUUUUGGGAUUAUUGAAGACUCUACCGUACAAUAUAUCUGUUUUUACAGUCGAUUCGCUUUUGGUGCCAAAUGGGUUUGAUCUUAUGGCUUCGGAAACGCGACCUCCUUUGGGUCUUAAUAUUACGAAGACGCUUAUCGAUGGUCAUAAUUUCAAUGUUGCAGCUUCAAUGCUUACUGCUUCGGGUGUAGAAGAAGAAUUUGAGAGAGAUGAAGGUGGUGCUGGGUUAACACUUUUUGUACCAACAGAUGAAGCAUUUUCCGAUAUGUCAUCGUCGAUGAAAUUCCAAUCAUUACCAGCUGAGAAAAAAGCUGUUGUAUUAAGGUUCCAUGUUUUGCAUUCGUAUUACCCAUUAGGUUCUUUAGAAUCUAUAGUUAAUCCAGUUCAACCAACUUUAGCUACAGAGCAAAAUGGUGCUGGCAGUUUUACCCUCAACAUUUCUCGUGUUAAUGGGUCUGUCGGAAUUAACACCGGAGUUGUUCAAGCGUCGGUGACUCAAACGGUGUUUGAUCAGAAUCCGGUAGCGAUAUUCGGGGUAUCGAAAGUGUUAUUGCCUCAAGAAUUUUUUGGGAAGAAUCCUGUUGAAGUGAAUAAGCCAAUUGGUAAUAGUGGAGUAGCUUCACCGCCGGAGAUUUCUCUCUCGCCGGAAAAUUCUCCAGAAAUAUAUGGUCCACCAAGCCAUUUAUCUUCGCCGCCGAUUUUAGAUACAGUAGUAUCAUCAGCACCGGCGGCGAAGUGGAAAAAAGGAAUCUUUUUAUGGUGCAUAGGGUUCUUCUCCCUACUAGUGGCCAUUAAUUAAUUCCGCGCGAGUACAGUAUAUUAAAGCUCCCGCUAUGUGCAGAAUGAGUAAAAGAUCAAAAUGUAACGGUCUAUUGCACAUCACCUCACGAUGAUAUACGGGGGUUGGUUGUUUUCACGACUUGAACACGAUGACUACAUUUAUUCAUCUUUGUCCAGACAUUAUUUCACCCUUUUUUACACGGCAUAUUGAAAUUGGAUGCUACCAGAAAGCAGCCAUUUUAAAAUUCUGUAUCUGUGGACGUGAAUUUUAGGUUAGGCAGUGCGAUUUUAUUUUAUUUUAUUGCCUUUUUCUUUUCCACUUUGCAUUUAGGUUAGACAUUUCUGUUGUUGUAAUCUGUAAAGGUCCAAUUUUUUUUCACUCCAUUGAAUCGAUGAGUAUAUUUAUAAUUUA